AUGAAAACCCUAGGCGGGGGGGGGCCUCCUGAGGGGAGCGCAGGCGGUGCUGCGCCCUCAGCAGCAGCCCCAGCAGCAGCAGCAGGCGGCGGUUCGGCAGCAGCAGCAGACCCUGCAGCAGCAGCAGCAGCUCCCGCAGCAGCAGAAGCAGCCCCCCCCGCAUCUCCUGCGGCCCCUCCCGCGGGCGCAGCAGCCCCGCCCCCCGCAUCCCCCGCGGCCCCAGCAGCAGCAGCAGCAGCAGCGCCGCACCCCUCCGCAGCAGCAGCAGCAGCAGCAGCAGGGGGGCACCCCACGCUCAGCAGCAGGGGCCCCGGGUCCCGCGGGCGCAGCCUGCUGGGGCCCCGGGUGUCUUUGGAAGUUAAAAAUGAAAAUGAAGAAAAAAAUGAAAACAAAUUAAGUCAUUUGGACCCUUCAGCUUAUCCAGAUAGUGUUGAGAUGGAAGUUCUGGAAAGACUCAGCAAAAGCCAGGUUAGCCUAAAGGAGCUGGUUGAGUCCGCUCGAGAUGCAGAUCCGGAAGCUUUUCAAAAAAUGGUGACAGCAACUGAAAAGGAGUUUCCCACUUCCGGCAAAAACAGAUUUGCCUCCGCCGACGUCCACGAACUGGCGCUGGAGUUUGGCUGCGAGGACGUGCGGAAGGGUUUGACAGCAGCAGCAGCAGCAGCAAACCGCGCGCGGUUUGGGGCGAAUUGUUUGGAGAGAAGCAGCAAAGACUCUAUUUUGAGAGUUUUCAUUUCGCAGUUUCUCUCUCCAGUUGUGCUGCUGCUGCUUGUUGCUGCUGUUGCUUCUCUUGUUAUGAAGGAGUGGGUCGAAGGCGCUGCCAUUCUUGUCAUCGUCACCCUCAACGCCUGCCUCGCCACCUACAUGGAGCAAAGCGCGAGUUCCGCGUUGGCGAAGCUGGCGAACUUGGCGGCCCCGAGCUGCUGCGUGCUGCGGGACGGCCAGGAGCAGCAAAUAGCAGCAGCAGAAGUUGUUCCUGGAGAUAUAGUUUUUUUGCAAACUGGCAACAGCGUUUGUGCAGACAUGCGCUGCUUGGAGCUCACGGAACUCAAAACCAACGAGGCCAUUCUCACCGGAGAGUCCGAAGAUGUCACCAAAACGGUCUCCGCAGUUGACCCCGACAGCCCCUUCGCCUCCAACUUGUGCUUCGCCAGCACCAUCGUCACCAACGGCAGCGGCCGCUGUCUCGUCUACGCCACGGGCAUGGAGACGCAAGUGGGGCGCAUAGCGCUGCAGCUGAAGAAAGCAGCAGCAGCUUCUCGUUUGACUCCGCUGCAGCGGGGCCUCAACAGGCUGGGGGGUUUAAUAGGCCUUUUGGCAAUUUGUGUUUUGGUGGUUAUUGUUUUGGUGGCGGUUUUGACGGGCUACAGAGACCCUGCCCACCCCGACUCCGACCCCGUCUUCACCAUUGUUUUGGUCGCCGUGGGCUUUGCGGUGUCUUCGAUUCCCGAGGGGCUGCCGAUGGUGGUGACCAUUUGUUUGUCUUUGGGGGCGAGAGAUAUGGUGAAGCGAAAGGCGAACGUGCGGAAGCUGCCAGCUGUCGAGACACUCGGCUGCUGCUCCGUCAUUUGUUCCGACAAAACAGGGACUUUGACGGAGGGGAAAAUGACAGCAACAAGACUAGUUGUCUUUUCGCGGAAGGAGACUGCUGCAGCAGCAGGAGCAGCAGCAGCAGCAGCAGCAGCAGGAAGCAAAGAGGAGGUUGAAAAGGAGACAAAAGAAGCGGCAAAAGGGUCAAAUGAAAUUAAAAAAGGAAAUAAAAAUGAAAUUAAAAAAGAAGAUAAAAACUCUUUUGUUUUUGCUGUUUACCCCACAAAAGGUUUUGACCCGCACGGCGGCUUCUUCGAGCUGCAAAAACUUUCCGAAGGAAAAAAGGCAACUAUUGCGGCGCUGCAUGCACAAGGGGCCUACAACUCAUUUGGGCGAGUGCUGAUGGACUACGGUGCUGCUGACGCUGCUGCUGCUGCAACAACAGCAGCAGCAGCAGCAGCAGCAGCGGGAGACGCUGCUGCUGCUGCUGCUGCGCGGGCAGACGCAGCUGCUGCAGCACAACUUCGAGCACUUCUUGCUGCUGCUUUUCUAAAUUCACAUUCCACAAAAUUGACAAGAGAUCCAAAGACAAAACAGUGGACCACUUCGGGCAACAUGAGCGAAGGGGCGUUGGUGGUUGCUGCUGCGAAGGCGGGUUUUGACGGGAGUUUGUUUGAAAUGUAUCCUCGAGAAGCAGCACUAGAAGUUCCAUUUAACUCUAGCAGAAAACUUUCUGCUUCUGUCCACAAGUUGCAAACCCCCAACUCCUUCUGCAGCCUCAGCUUCGCCCGCAGCAGCAGCAGCAGCAGCAGCAGCAGCAGCAGCAGCAAAUUCACGCACGUCGCCAUCGUCAAGGGCGCACCCGAUAAGGCAAGACCGGCCGGCGCCAAUCAAGGGGUUUGCUGCUGCUGGGACUUGUGGGGUCUUUGGACCCCCCAAGAGCUGGAGUGCAGCAAGCUGUGCUGCAGUGCGGAGCAGCAGGAAUAG